GGAGGGAAGAGGAGAGGGGAGACCGGACGGGGCUGGGACGGGAGACGGGGCGGGGAGAGAGGGGAGGGGAGACGGGACGGGGUUGGGAGGAGACGAGAGGGGAGGGGACUGGGCAGGGAAGGGGAGGGGGGUGUGUGUGUGAAAGCAGCCACUGCAUUUCUCUCAGCCAACAUGAGUGAUAAAGAAGCGGCCGUUCCCAUGUCCAGGAAGCACCGGCUGAUGGCAGCGAUCUCCGCCGGGGAGCACAGCCCAGGCCGCUUGCAUUGCUUCAUCUGCGGGGGCCGCAUGAGCCCCGGGCGGGAGCAGAGGUUGCAGGUCCGGGCCAAGUGUCCCGGCUCGGCUCGCCUGCCUUACUUCCCCUUCCUCUCGCAGCAGGAGCCGGCUCCCGGAGCCCGGGAGGUGAGCGCCGACGGCUGGGUGCUGGUGUGCUCCGUCUGCCGCUGUUUCCUGGCCGAGCAGUGGCACUCGUUCGAGAGGUCCCGCACCCCGGUCGACAAGCGCAUGUACUGGCUCAAGCGGCCGCACCAGUGCGACGGCCGCGGGACGUCCCGCGAGUGGAACCCCAGCCCGGCCGCCCCCGCCGCCGGCCACGACUCUGACCUCUCCUCCCUGUCCGAGCAGGAGCUCUCGGAGCCCGAGCAAGAGGCGGUCAGGGUCCCCCGCCCGGCGCCAGGACCCUGCCCGCAGCCGCCCGCCGGGCCCCACCUGGGCGGCGCCGGCGACAGCAGCCUUUCCCCCUCGGGCACGCCCGGCCGCUCCAGGUGCAGCGACAGCAGCGGCGGCUGGUCGUCUGGCGACGAGGGGCAGCCGAACGGGCAGCCCGGCGUGCCGGAGGGCGGCGGGGUGAUCGCCCGGGCGGGCGGUCGCACUCGCGCCCACGCCCACUGGGCUUGCUUCGUCUGCGGGGUCCGUCUGGCCCCAGGCUCCCGGCACCUAGUGCACGUCCACAAGCAGGAAAGCACCUCGGAGCAGCCCUUCUUCCCUUUCCUCUGGCUCCACUACCCGCCGCCCGGCGCCCGCCCCCUCAGCCCGGAGGGCAGCACCUGGGUCUGCACCUACUGCCACGUCUCCCUGAUGCAGCAGUGGCAAGGCUUCGAGCUGGCCAAGGUACCGGUUCUCCAGCGGCUUUACGUGGUGCCCCUCAAGGCCGAUGCCCCGGGCGGGGGGGAGCAGCAGGGCUGCUACCUGUGCGGCGGAGACUGCGGGCACCUGGGCAGAACCGUCUCCACCAGGAGCCCCAACAGCAGCAGCAGCGCCCGGGAUGGUCCCAUGUACUUCCCCUUCAUCAGCCUCCUGCCUUGCCCACCCAACACCAGGGCCAUGGCCGAACGCGGCGAGGUGUCCUGCUGCAAGAGGUGCCACAGCGUGCUGGAGGACGUGUGGGCGUCCUGCCCGGCCGCCGAACGGGAGGAGGUCAUCUCAACGGCUCAAGCCUUCCUCAGGAGGUACCUGCAACUGGGCGCCGGCGUCAGCCCCGCCCCGGAGGUCCGCCGUCCCGCCAAGAUUGGGCCGCUGCCCACCUGCCCGCUGUGCGGCACGGAGCUGGAGGCCGGGCGGGAGUUCCAGCUGAGCGUCGACCCGCCCGGCCGCCACGGAGACCAGGAGCCCUUCUUCCCCUUCCUGGCCUCCCGCCGCUGGACCGACCGGCCGCAGGCCGCCGAGUCGACGGGCGUGGCGUCCGCCUGCCUUCUGUGCUGUCAUGAUCUCCUAGAGCAGUGGUGGCGUGGGAAGAACUCUCAGCAGCCGAGCAGCCCUUGGUCCCGGCAGUACAAGGUGGACAUGUUCGUCUGCUUCUUCUGCAGGCAGGAGAGGAGGCGCUACCUCGGUCUGAAAGCAGUGACGGUGCCCCGGCUUCCUGUGUUCCUCUACGCCCCUCGUGUGGCCGACGCUCUGGUCGUGGACGAUGGCAAGCAGUUGACAAUUGGCAUGUGUGAGGAUUGCAGAGCUAUGAUCCUGGCUGGGAACUCUGUCAAGCAUGGGAGCCAAGUGGACUCUUUAUCGCCAUCCUGUAACUCAAAGGGUUUGCCUUCGCCCCCUCACCCGUCCAGUUCGAGCAAGAAGCAGGCAGCAUCGUGCUCUCCUCAGGCCAGGGAGGAGACUUGGGAGGAGAGCAGAGAGCGGGGCAGCACGGACGGGAUCCCGACCCACUCCCCUCGGCUGACGGUGCAUGCUGGCAGUUCGGACCACGAAACCACAAGCAUGAGCCAUGAGCCAAAGUCACCUUCACUAGGAAUGAUCUCGACUGCGACUCGGACUACAGCCACCGUAAGCCCCCUCAACCCUUCCUCCCUCAAUGGUUCCAUAGUGCCCAAUGGCAGCCCAGCAGCUAACAGCACCUUGCCUGUACCGUCAGCGCACUCUGCCAGCUUUGCAGCUGCGCUCCGCAAACUCGCCAAACAAGCAGAAGAGCCCAGAGGAUCUUCGAUAAGCAGUGAGUCCUCACCAGUCUCCUCUCCAGCCACCAAUCACAGUUCUCCUGCCAGCACACCCAAAAGAGGCCCGAUUGGAACCAUCCUCGUUCCGCCAGCCGGUCACAGUGUUCCCAGCACUCCCCCAGUGGUGACAAUUGCCCCAACGAAAACAGUUAAUGGACUUUGGCGAAGUGAGAGCAGACAGCCAGAACCAGUAGCGAGGGGGCCCAGCAGAGAACGAAUGCACGCAGAGACCCAGCAUCAGUCGGAGAAGGGACCCCCGUCCAUUACGUCUCACCUCCUCGGGGCCCCUUACGCAUUUGGUCUCGCUCACAGCACAGUUGUUCAAGACUCCCGGUUCCCUCCUCUCAAUCUCCAGCGCCCAGUUCCUCAUGUUGGCAGCGUCCAGGAAGAUUACCUUCGCAGCUUCCGGCCAUAUCACACAGGGGAGGAGCUACGCAUGCCUGCACUGCCGCCAAUGGGCCUCGAGGCAGCAGCCACUGCCUACUACCACUCCAGCUAUCUUGCCCAUCACCCCUUCCCUCACCCAGCUUUCAGGGUGGAUGAUUCAUAUUGCCUCUCAGCCUUGCGGUCACCUUUCUACCCGAUUGCAACCCCGGGCGCUCUGCCACCUCUUCACCCCUCUGCCAUGAAUCUACACCUGCCUGGAAUGAGGUUUCCAGCUGAGCUGUCUCAUUCCUCACUGUCUGCCCUGCAGCCAGAGCACUUGUCAGAGAGGCUGCAGAUAAGUGAAGAAAUCCGCAGAGAGAGGGAGAGGGAGCGGGAGCGGGAGAAAGAGCGGGAGCGCGAGGCUGAGCGGGAAAAGGAGAGAGAGAAGGAGCUGGAAAGAGAGAAGGAGAAGGAGCGGGAGAGGGAGCGCGAGCGAGAGAUGGAGCGAGACAGGGAAAGGAGUAGGGAGAAGGAAAUGAACGCAGCGAAAGCGAUGGAGAAUCACUACCUGCAGGUGCCUGAACUUCACAGUCUGCGAAACCAACAGAUAGACGACAGGGUUAGGGCUGCGGAGAGACUGACACCAAACCGGACAGAUAAGCCCAAGGAAUUUGCACUGACGGGGACCAAGGCAACCCAUCCAAACCUGCACCAAUCUCCCAUCCCCCACCACUCUGUGCCCACCCUUAUCUCCAACCCCAGCAGCUUCAUCCCACCGGGAAGCAGCUCGGCACUGCUGCUGCAGAGGAACAAUGAGGAAGAGAAGUGGAUGGCAAAACAGCGGCAGUUGCGGCAGGAGAAGGAGGACCGGCAGUACCAGGUCUCCGAGUUCCGGCAGCAGGUCCUUGAGCAGCAUCUGGACAUCGGUCGAUCAGGCUCCCAGAACGAGAUGGAGCACAGGGACAUUAUUAGAUCUGGGCCGAGUCACUCCCACGAACUCUGUAGCAGAGACCAGCCCCAGCAACUGGGAGCCCCUCCGCCCCUCAUCUCCCCCAAACCCCACCCCAGGGAGCACCAUUCUAGCCCGGCCGUCCUGUGGAACCCGGUGAGCCUGCUGGACAACCACACCGAGGCUCGCAAGAGCCAUGAGAACCACGUGCUGAACAACUAUGCAGGCCACUACGACUCCCACCGGCAUCCGGGUCCGCUCAUCAAGACCGAGAAGGUCCACAGCCACGAGGAGACCGUCAAGAGGCCGGAGGUCCCAGAAAAAUACCAGCCGCCCCGAGGGCCUGGCUCCUUGGAGCAUGUCGCGCACCCUCAUUCCUAUGGACCCCCUUUCGCCGAGCUGGAGAAAUCCGCCCAGUCCAUCCUCAGCCAGCAGAGAAUGUCCCUGACUUUCUCCACGCCACACAACGACAUGGGUUUAUUGCACAAGUCGGCCACCACCUACAGGCAGUCUCAUGGCCAGCCACGGGCCCCAGGUCCCAUGUACAUCUACGAUGAGUCUCUGCAGCGACACAGGAGGCUGGUAAGCAAGCUGGACCUGGAGGAGAAGAAACGGAAAGAGGCAAAGGAGAAAGGUUAUUACUAUGACUUUGAUGACUCGUAUGAUGAAAGUGAUGAAGAGGAAGUUCGAGCACAUCUCCGGCGCGUCUCUGAGCAGCCACCUCUGAAACUUGACGAUUCGUCUGAGAAGCUGGAUUUUCUGCGUGUGUUUGGCCUGACAACCCAAGCCCGGAGGGAGGAGCUGCUGAAGCAGAAGCGACGCAAGAGGCGGCGGAUGCUGAUGGAGAGGAGCCCCUCACCACCACCGGUCCCCAGCAAGAGGCAGGCACCCUCACCCCGGCUGCUGCUGCCCAACAAGUACAGCGCUGAUGAGAUGAACAGCACACCCGACCUGGCGGAGAAGAAGAGAUUCCUGACGUCCUUCAGCCUCGCACACAUCCUCCCGGAGAAACGAAAGGAAAAGGAGACCCUGACGGAGAUGAUUCAGUCCAUAAAACAGAAGGCGCAACCUUCAGACACGCCUUUCAAAUACGUCUCUCCUCCAUCAUGUACCAGCCCCAGCUCAGCUCAGACUGUGGACUUGUCAAGUGGACAUUCAGCCGCUGACAGUGACGGGCCUCCAAGUGCCGCCCCACCCCUGCCAGAACUCCGGAAGACCACCGAGUUGGUCAGACCGGAACCGCCCAAACUCUCAGAGGUGGCCAGCAGGCCAAAAGAGGCCGUCCUGCCCAGCGAGAAGAGCAGGCCGCACGAAGGCCAUGCCGGGCGGAGGUCGGUGAGCGUGCUCAGUAAUGCUUUGGGCUCCAUGCAGAAGGACAGUCCUGGCGCUGCCGCACAUGGCGCAGGUGAGAAGAGCAAGCCCUGGGAAGCGUUCAUGGCUGAGGACUUUGCCCAGCAGUUCCAUGAGUCUGUAUUGCAAUCCACGCAACGAGCAUUACAGAAGCAUAAAGGCACCACAGUGACACUAACCGCUGAGCAAAAUCACAAGCUGGACACCUCUGUCCGUUACAACAUUCCAGAGAUCCACUCCUGCAGCAGAACACUGUUUACACACCAGAAUGGCCAGCACACUGCCACCCAGACCAGGAAAGGGGUUAUGUGCGAGCAGGAGGAGGACUCCGACAAUGAAGACGAUGAGGAAGAGGAGGAUGCAAGGCCUUUCCAUUCUAAAUGGCAGGGCAUUGAAGCUGUCUUUGAGGCUUACCAGGAGUAUGUCGAAGAGCAAAAUGUGGAGCGACAGGUUCUACAAGCCCAGUGCAGACGCCUGGAAACCUUUCACUAUAACCUUAGCCUGUCUGCAGAGCAGCUGUCCCUCAGCAUGUCGGAACUUUUGGCUCAGAAGCAGAAACUAGCCUCAGAAAGGGAGAGACUCCAGUCCGAAUUGGACCACUUAAGAAAGUGCCUUGCACUGCCUACAAUGCACUGGUCUAGAAGCUACUUCAAGUCCUAUCCAAGGUGACAGCCCUGUUAGCUCGGCCAUGGCAUAGAGAGACUAUUUUAUUAUCCUGGUAUUUAAGAUUCCCAUUGGAAUUGAUACUCUGGGCAAGACCUAAGGAAACAUGCCACAUAUGAAGCGAAGGGUAAAAGGAUAUCCUGCCUAUUGGACGAACGUCGCAUUGUAAAGGAAACAAGACUUCUGGAUCUCUCUAUUUUUUACAUAAAUUUGCUUAAAAGAAUACUUUUUUUCCAUCCUUGUUUGAAUUUCUGAUAAUUAUUUAGUCCCUCAUCUUACCCCAAUUCCAAUUAAGAACAGUUUGCAGGGGGUGGUCUAUUCCUGACCUCCAGAGCCAACACUAAUACAUCCAAUGUAAACUCUUCCAAGUUGACUGGACUGUGUGAAUAUCUCUGUACUUCCUUGAUUUGAGUGGCUACAACAACCUGAGUGGUUGGAUCUCCUGCGUGGAUGUCUCUUGCUCAGAAGACAAGAAAUAGAGAGGAGCCAAACCCAAUGGAGAACACCACAGAUACUGACCACAUGGGAUUGAAGGAUCCACCUCACUGAAUACCAUCCCCUUCCCCCACCCAUCUCUCUCUCUGCAGUCUCUGCCAAUUUUUCUGCCAUUUAGCAAGGUUUGGAAAUCUCUCAUCUAUACUGGCUCUCCCUCAGCCCCCUUGCACUGCAACCAAAUCAGACCAUGACAGUUCAAGACUCGCUCAGCUAACGAGGCUUUUUUUUUACAGAAAAAUGCACUUAAGGCAAUUGCAGGUACAUUUUGACCCAGAGUCUAUUAAAUCACACUGAUGCAUGUUACAGCGCUGAGUGUGCGUUAAGUAUAGAAAGACAGUAGCCUAAAGGGCGCUUUUUUAAUUAUUAAAAAAAAACAAAAUAAAAAGGAUUUUUUCACAAAACAAAAGAUGCUUUGCCUUGUACUGUAUAUAAACAAAAAACAGAUUUUGUAUGUUUUUAUUACUUUAAUUAUUUGUAUUAAAGCUUGCCAUUUUUAAUAUGUUUCUGCUUUUGGCAAAUAUCUUGCUUUUAGUGUUCGUACUGCUGCUGGUCAGGACAAAGAAUCAAAGUGUUUUUAAAACAAAAAUCCAAAAAAAAAAUGAGAGCAAGAGGGUUUUCACUGGUGCGUAAGCUGUUCACUCUGUUUUGGCAUAGCACCAGUUUAAGAUUUCUGUAAGAGAGGAUGCAAAGCCUCUACACCUCUUCCUCUGCCUGUCACCCCUUCCUCCCUCUUAUUUAUACUUGCUUGAGAGAGACAAGCACCAGUGGCGACUUGUGGCUGUAUCAGCUGCUUUACUUUUUCUCCUAAUGUACUGUAAGUUUUUGUAUCUGAUUUGCACUCGCCUGUGUUGGGCACUCGGUCCCUUCCUCAUUUUCCACUCUGACACUCGUUAAAGUUAGAGAGCACGUCUGUGGUUGGUGUGUCUAGAAAGUUUUUGAUGUAAGGUGCACUGGUCGUAGCCAUCCACCCCUGCUUCUCCCAGCCAAAUGGUGCAUCUUGACCACAGAAAAAUUAUCUUGUGUUCUAAUUUCUGUUUCUUAUCUCACUGCGGAGUACUGGCUGUGAUAGGGGUGUGCACUGAGGGACUUCUGCUGCAUCUUGUUACUGGAAGGAGUAAAUAUGCAUUCUCUGCCCCCUGAGAUAGUAGCACCCUUUAAUGGUUCUGGGUCCAGGCAACUGUUGCGAGGUGAGAUUUAGCAGGAUGUGUGGUGCAUUAUUAUCAAAAUCUCCAGACUCCCUCCCUGUGACAUAAACCCACGGCAG